AAGUAACAACAGCCAGCCAAGACAAAAAGAAUGUUCUUUUCUUUCCCCUUCCAAGUUCUUAGUGAAGGGCCGAGCCCAGCAUCCCAGACUUGUGUGACUAGGUAAACACUGGGACACUAACUUCACUUAAGUACCUUCCCUUCAGAAACUCAAGGUGGCUUCUCAGUAGACAGAGGCUUCCAAGUAUCUAAGCUCCCCACUGCGCAAGCCCAACAUCAUGGGGAAGGGAGACACCUCGGAAACAGCAUCAGCCACUCCAGCCUAUCGCUCUGUCAUGGAGGAGUAUGGUUAUGAGGUGGGCAAGAUCAUUGGUCAUGGCUCCUAUGGAACUGUAUAUGAGGCUUACUACACAAAGCAGAAGGUCAUGGUGGCUGUCAAGAUCAUCUCAAAGAAGAAGGCCUCUGAAGACUAUCUGAACAAGUUCCUACCACGUGAGAUACAGGUAAUGAAAGUCUUACGGCACAAGUACCUCAUCAACUUCUAUCAGGCCAUUGAGACCACAUCCCGAGUAUACAUCAUUUUGGAGCUGGCUCAGGGCGGUGAUGUCCUUGAAUGGAUCCAACGAUAUGGGGCCUGCUCUGAGCCCCUUGCUGGCAAGUGGUUCUCCCAGAUGGCCUUGGGCAUCGCCUACCUGCACAGCAAGGGCAUUGUGCACCGCCUGACCCCCAGCCUUUCUGCUGCUGGUAGGGACUUAAAGUUGGAGAACCUGUUGCUGGACAAGCGGGAGAAUGUGAAGAUAUCGGACUUUGGCUUCGCCAAGAUGGUGCCUUCUAGCCAGCCUGUGCGUAGUAGCCCUUCUUACCGCCAAAUGAACUGCCUUUCCCACCUCAGCCAGACCUACUGUGGCAGCUUUGCUUACGCCUGCCCGGAGAUCUUGCUAGGCUUGCCCUACAACCCUUUCCUGUCUGACACCUGGAGCAUGGGCGUCAUCCUCUACACUCUAGUGGUUGCACGGCUACCCUUUGAUGACACCAAUCUCAAGAAGCUGCUGAGAGAAACUCAGAAGGAGGUCACUUUCCCAGCUAACCUCACCAUCUCCCAGGAGUGCAAGGGCUCCAGCAUAAAGCCAGGGCCCCAGCCCCUUUCACAAGAGUAGUGCGAUGGGCCAUCCUGCUCCUCCCUUAGGUCCAGCUGCGCAAUGCCUGUGCUCACAAGCGGGGCAAGCUCAGCCAAGCCCUCUCUCUCCCCUGCCCUAGAACCUGAUCCUCCAGAUGCUACGUCAAGCUAUGAAGCGUGCCACCAUCCUAGAUGUCCUCAGGGACCCCUGGAUGCUCAAGUUCCAGCCUGAGCAACCCUCGAACGAAAUCAAGCUGCUUGAGGCCAUGUAUCAACCCGCCAGCACCGCCAGCACCGCCAGCACCGCCAAUCGUCACCAAUCCUUGGAAAUCACAACUUGAAAGUGGCUGAGGCAGGAGGCUAAGGAAAAAAGCAAGAGACUGGGGGGAAAAUCUUUUCUAUAAAAUAAAGCUAAUUAGUUUCACCAUGUA